CUCAAUGUUUAUGUUUAUAAUCAAAGCUGUGUAGGUUAAUAAGUGUCUUCUUGUUUUAAAUUAGAUUUGAAAUUAGAAAUUGAUAAUGAUCGAAUCUUUUGGAAGGAGAAUGAAUCAUAUUGAAACGCUUGUGUCUAUAUCUAUCAAAAUUAUUCUUGAUAACUUGCCUUUGUACAUUAAAGAUGAUGUGAAAAUGCUGGAGAUCCUACCGUUUCAACUAAAGAAUAUAAUUCUUAAAAGAUUCACAAGUUCAUCCUACUUUUGGCGAAAUAUAGAUUUCAAAACUGUUUUAUCAGCAGUGGUAAAUGUUUACACAUCACAAAUUGAUUUAACUUCAGUAGUAGUGGAUGAUGAAAUGCUGGGAAUACUAACAAACAGUAAAAAUUUAACAAAAAUCUAUUUAUCUAGAAGUAAUGGAAAUUUGAUGAC